AAUAUAAUUAGUCAAAGGCAAAUAGGUCAAUAGCGAAGGCUCUUCUUACAAACAUCGCUUCUUGGAAUCGUACAAGAAUAGUAAUUCAAUAUUUCUCAAGCACUGCCAUUCUCAUCUCAAGGUUUAUUAAAAUGGAGAGCUUCUCCCGUUGAAUUCAAUCCCUCAAAUCAAAUACCGACCUUCAUAGUUCCUUCACACACUAAAAAUUACCAAACCCAGAAACACAGAAGAAAAAGGGGGCAACUUUGCUCACAAAAAGAAAAAACCACGAGAAAAGACUCGGCUUCUCUCCAAGUUGGGAUCGGAAGUCAUGUGGGCCUUGUGGACUUGGCUCUUCUCCUUCUUCUUCAUCCUAGCUCUGCUAUUACUUCUCGGUUUUCAGCUUAUAUGCUUGGUUGAUUUAGAGUAUGAUUAUAUCAACCCCUAUGAUUCAGCAUCAAGGAUAAACAGGGUAGUUUUGCCAGAGUUUAUUACUCAAGGAGUUCUAUGCUUAAUACUUCUUGCCACAGGACACUGGCUUGUGUGUCUAUUGCAUCUCCCAUACCUAUAUUAUAAUGUGAGACAAUAUAUUCAGGGACAGCACUUGGUAGAUGUAACUGAGAUCUAUAGCCAACUGAAAGUGGAGAAGAAGAAACGCUUCAUCAAGAUGGGAUAUCUCAUUUUCCUUUUCAUCUUCUCUUUAUUUUGGUUGCUUUUCACCCUUGGAGAAGAAUAUGAUUAAGCGAGGAUUCUUGCUUAUGGUCAGUAUUUCUUUGAUGCUUACUGGCUUGUGUUUAUGCUAGGUUCCCGCGAAAGAGAUGAGAGAGAGAAGAAAUCUCAGGGAUGCAGAAUCAGGAUCUGUAAAUUUAGGCAUGAUUUUGACGCCUAAUAUGUGAUUGUAUUUAACUAUUUAUCAGUUGAGACCAUCGUAAUUAGUCAUCAACAUUUUAGCAUUAUUUCCACCAUUUUUAUUAUAACUUUAAAUCUCUCACUCAUAACCGCAAGCAGCCGAAGCUACAAGUGUGGCAAUCCAAUUUAGUUAUUGUUCCCCUUCGUGAAAUUUAUUUGUUUGGAAACAUUUCUAGCAUCAUAAGCCAAAAUUUUGAGAGGUCCAAUUUUAUUUUUAAUUUGGUUUUGAUAAAUGUCAGUUCUUUUUUCCUUGACCAA